AACAAGCAAUGUGCGGGAAGCUUUUGAGCAGCACGAGGGACUCAUAUUUGAUGGGGAAAUUCAGAUAGGUGGUAACCUACAUGGUUUGCAGUGGUAUAGACUACUUGAAAUGCUAGGAAUGAAAAGCAAUUUAAAAGUGCUUGUCUCCUCCUCUGACUCGUCAUACUCCGACCAAGAGAGUUCCAGAGAAACCAGCGACUCCUAUGAGUCGACAGAGAAGCAAAAACCGGCGGAAGAAAGGCACCCCGAUGAAGAGGACUCUGGCUGCAAAGAUGCUGGGAAGGGAAAACGGAAGUCGGAAGAAAAAAGAGUGCCGGAGGAUGACACUGCAUCCAAAGAUGCACCCAACCAUGCUGAGAAACAAAGGUCAGGAGAACAAUGCCAACUGGUGAACCCAAAAGGCCACUUCGAUGCUGGAAAGAAAACUCCACUGAUGAUCAACUCUUCCAAGCAUAAAAAAAGUUCUGCUGCUAUUGACUCCAAUGCUUUUAUCUUUCUAAAGAAAUCUUCCUCACAAGUAUCGAGAAAGUAUCAUCUAGAGUCCGAAUCAGAUCAAAGAAGGUCUAGGUCUAAAUGGGUCAGGAAAGAAUCCAAUGAGGAGAACGUAAUGAAACUGUUUUAACGAGUGUGGAUCGAGGAAGAUGAGAUGAAACUGUUUUAACAGGGUUGUUUUCGUUUAUGGGGUGCAUGUUUUUAUUUUGUGAUGAUGGACAAUGUCCUUUUUGCCUAAGGAUUCAUGUUCUUGUCUUGUGAUGCUCUCCUGCAUCAUGGUAUUGUGAUGUUAUGGUACUCUGUUAUGUUUUUAUUUUAUCAAGUUGCGCUAUUUUUUGUCUUUUAAUUUCUUCUGGGUGCUGCAAUAUUUUCUCAGAUUAUAGAAAACCAGUUGGUUCAUCGGGAGUAAUUUAGCACAUGCUUAACUGCCCACCUCAUGAUUCGUAAUGCCUUUUCUUUGUUGCUCUUUGUACACAAGCAGUUAAAUGCACCAACUGAUCCUAUUUAUAAACAAACUGAGAAUUC